AUGGCUCCCAUUCACUCCAGCAGUCUUCCUUUCGGGCAGACUCCGCCACUGGCUUCAGUCGCCGGUCCUACCUACGUGACGGCUCAGACCUUAGUUCAGCAAGUAGCAUAUACUCUGUCGGACAAGAUCUUCUCCUAUUCACCAGAAUCCUUGGAUCUCGAUGUUGCCGCCAGAGCUUGGUCGGAUGCUCAAGAGACGAAUGCAAAUGGCUACAAAACCGCGGUCCAGUCCAUGCAAAUUCGCAAUGGCGCAGGCUCCAUUGCUCUAGGAUAUAUCUUUUCCAAGGAUUUUGAUUUGAAGAAGAGACACAUCCCUCAGGGUCUGCUUGCCUCGUCAGCUGCCCUGAACUUCCUGAGACCUGCCCUGGAUCAGCUUUCACUUCUGUACUCCGUCAGCAAUCCUUUCGUUGCGCAUGUCGCAGCUUUGGAUUAUGAUGGAUCAAAGAAUGGGGGACUGGUCUCCGAUUAUGCCUCCGCACUGUCCACUGCAGAAGAUCUCGGUCUCGGCCUGGUUUCCACACUAUCUGCCUAUGAGGCUCAGCAUAUGUCGCUGUUUGCAACCUUAUUGGCUCAGGAUCUACCCACAUUACAUGUCUAUGACGGACUGAGAACUGGCCGGGACACCACCCGUGUCAUUGACAUUCUGGACAAAUCUGGCCUUGCCGCUGCAUAUGAAAAUGUCCUCAAGUCGACAGCAGACGAGGAGCGCAAGCAUUUGAGCAUCGAGGGCAAGGCCUUGAGGACACUCCGUGCCCUCAAUGAUGAGCUCGGUACCGAGUACAAGCCCUUUGAAUACUCUGGACAUGCGACCCCCGAGACUGUUUUGGUCACUUUCGGUUCCGUCGAAGGAUCGCUCGCAUCCCAGGCCGUUAAAGUUCUUGCCCAGUCUGGUAGUAAAGUUGGAGCGAUCAACGUUCGCCUUUAUAGACCAUUUGCCGAGGAACAAUUCCUCAAACUCUUGCCACAGAGUGUAAGGGUGGUUGGGGUUCUGGGACAAGUUGUUGAUAUUCAGGCUGUGCAAGAAGUUGGAAUUCACUCUCGACUCUACGACGAUGUACUCGCUGCAAUUGCCUAUGGAUCUUCCUCCCAUAGCAGCGUCAAAGUUCAAGAUCUAAAGUAUCCACGUAACAAGACUUGGACACCUUCAUCCAUCGCCAGUGCUUUCCAAAAACUCACUGGUAAACCCACCGAAGAAGCGACAAUCAAAACAUUCUUGGACAAGAAUGUUCAACAGUAUACCUUUUGGAACACUGAUGAUGCGUUGUCUGCACCGGCAGCCAAUCUUCUCGCUCAGGCCCUGGCCACGGAUUCAUCCCACAAUGUCACCGUGAACACAACCCACGACAAUCUUCUACAGGGUGGUGUUCACAGGAUUGACAUUCGGAAAUCGCCCACGAGUCUCGACGCAUCAUAUCCAGUGACUUUGGCGAAUGUCAUUGUGGUCACAGAGGUCAAGAUACUUUCUGAAAUUGAUGUUCUCAAGUCACUUGAGGCAGGUGGCAAGGUGAUCUUGAUUCUUCCCGGGGUGAAGGAUGAAGACGUCGAGAAGAAGCUGCCUGUCCCAUUCAAGAAAGCUGUUGUUGAAUUGGGCGUUGGUCUAUAUCUCAUUAAUCCAGCAAGCACUACUUUGACUGUUGACAAUCACGAAAUUGAAUCUCUCCGGCUACAGACAGCUUUCAUCAGGGUAGCACUUCGCAAUAGCGAAGAAGUCGGCCUGCAGAAGGUUGCCAAAGUGAAUGGUUAUUUCUCUCUGGACUCAAUUGUCACUGAUUUAGAAAAAACUCUGCGGGAAAUCGAGGUACCCAAAGAAUGGGCUGAGCUCGAACUCGACAGUCAGAUUCAGCCAUUGCCCGUUGAUAUCUCUGCUAACAGCUUCGCCAAUUUCGAUAAGACAGAGGAAGAGCCACCUUCCAUUCUUCGCAACUGGCAGAAAGCAGCAAAGGGUCUAUUGUUCAAAGAAGCGUAUAACACCAGCAACAGUCUGCGUCCCGAUUUGACUACCAAGACAUUUACGGUUCAUGUCAAGGAAAAUCGCCGACUGACACCAUUGACCUACGACCGUAACAUCUUCCACAUUGAGUUUGACCUUGGUACGUCUGGUCUGAAGUAUGAUAUUGGCGAGGCUUUGGGCAUCCACGCAGAGAACAACCACGAUCAGGUCAUGGACUUCAUCAAAUGGUAUGGCCUGAACGCCGACGAGGUUGUCGAAGUAGCCUCCCGUGAGAGCGAUGCUGUGUUUGAAAACCGUACGGUUUACCAAUCAUUGAUGCAAAACGUGGACAUUUUCGGACGCCCACCGAAGAAGUUCUACGAAGCUCUGGCAGAUUUUGCAGAUGAUGCGACUGAGAAACGUACUCUAUUGACAUUGGCUGGACCUGAAGGCUUCAAGGAAUUCCAACGUCGUGCCGAAGUAGACACCAUAACUUUCGCGGACGUCCUGCUGGAAUUCCCCUCGGCACAUCCAUCAGUUCAUGACAUCGUACGAAUUGUAUCCCCAAUGAAACGCCGCGAGUAUUCGAUCGCGUCCUGUCAAGCCGUCACACCGACAUCUGUCGCUCUUAUGGUGGUCGUUGUCAACUGGGUUGACCCUGCUGGACGUGACCGGUUCGGACAAGCCACAAAAUAUCUCAGUGAACUCAAAGUUGGCGCUCCUAUCACCGUUAGCGUGAAGCCGUCCGUGAUGAAACUCCCACCAAAGUCUACUCAACCGAUCAUUAUGGCGGGUCUAGGUACAGGCCUUGCACCUUUCCGAGCCUUCGUGCAACAGCGUGCACUGGAGAAGUCCCAAGGCAAAGAGAUUGGGGCAGUCCUCUUGUACAUGGGUUCGCGACAUCAACGGGAGGAAUACUGCUAUGGCGAGGAAUGGGAAGCUUAUCAGGCAGCAGGCGUCAUCACACUCCUUGGCCGUGCAUUUUCUCGUGACCAACCUCAGAAAAUCUACAUUCAGGACCGCAUGCGCCAAACCCUUGAGCAGAUCACCCAGUCUUAUAUCAAGGACCAGGGCGCUUUCUACCUUUGCGGUCCUACCUGGCCCGUUCCGGAUGUUACGCAGGUCCUCGAAGAGGCCAUCGCAUUGGAUGCCAAAGCCUCUGGUGCAAAGAAGGUCGAUCCUUCGCGUGAGAUCAUGCGCCUAAAGGAUGAGGGUCGCUAUGUUCUUGAAGUCUAUUAG